CCCUCUUCUCCGGCACCCAAAACCUCCAUGGCCGGAGCUCCGAAUUCCGCCGCCGCCGCCGCCUCCUCCCCCUUCCCCUCGCCACCCUUACUGCGGACCAUCUCCAUACACACCCCAAUCGCACCCGCCACCCCAUGAUCCGCCGCCACGCGGCGGCGGUCGCGACAGCCCUUCGCGCCUACCUUCGCCGCGCCUGCUCCUCCCACGCUCCCGAUCCCGACGAUCAGCUGCUUGGCCUUGUGGAUGCCCCGGAGCCACACCACGGAUUCCGCCUUUCACGCAAAGACUUCUCCUUUCUUCAGGAGCCCACGCCACCCCUCCCCGCCGCAGCCCUGCCGCCCCCGGAGGCCGUCCUCAUCUCCAAGGCUAUCAGAGCCUACGCAACCGACUUCGACGGCAAAGCGGAGCGAUUCCUGCGGCGGCACCGGGAAUUCCUGACCGAAGCCGUGGUAGUCGCUGUGCUCCAGUCGGUGCGCGUCCCGGAGCUUUGUGUCAGGUUCUUCCUUUGGGCCGAGCGGCAGGUGGGGUACAGCCACACCAGUGCCUGCUACGACACGCUCGCGGAGGUAUUGAGUUUUGAGGACCGUGCUAGGACCGCGGAGAGGCUGCUGAGGGAGAUUGGGGAGGAUGACCGCGAGGUGCUUGGCAGAUUGCUCAAUGUGCUUGUGCGAAAAUGCUGCCGUCACGGAGCAUGGGCUGAGGCGCUGGAGGAGCUUGGAAGGCUGAAGGAUUUUGGGUACAGACCAUCGGGUGCGACCUACAAUGCUCUGGUGCAAGUGCUUGCAACAGCGGGGCAGGUGGACAUGGGGUUCAGGGUGCAGAAGGAGAUGUUUGAAUCGGGAUUCUGCAUGGAUAAGUUCACAGUUGGGUGUUUUGCACAAGCUUUAUGCAAAGAGGGGCGAUGCUCAGAUGCACUUGACAUAAUAGAGAGGGAGGAUUUCAAACUCGACACAGUGUUGUGCACCCAAAUGAUCAGUGGACUGAUGGAGGCCUCCCUUUUUGAUGAGGCUAUUUCAUUCCUCCACAGGAUGCGGUGCAAUUCGUGCAUUCCCAAUGUUGUCACGUACAGGACAUUGCUCUCUGGAUUUUUGAAAAAGAAGCAGCUUGGCUGGUGCAAAAGGAUAAUCAACAUGAUGAUGAAGGAGGGUUGCAAUCCAAACCCUUCCUUGUUUAAUUCACUUGUGCAUAGUUAUUGCAAUGCCGGGGAUUACCUAUAUGCAUAUAAACUUUUAAAGAAGAUGGCUGCUUGUAGUUGCCCUCCUGGCUAUGUCGUAUACAAUAUUUUUAUCGGAAGCAUCUGUGGUGGGGAGGAAUUACCAAACCUCGAAUUGUUGGAUUUGGCAGAGAAAGUCUAUGAGGAGAUGCUGGCUUCUAGAUGCGUUCUUAAUAAGGUUAACACUGCCAAUUUUGCACGAUGCCUUUGUGGUGUGGGGAAGUUUGACAAGGCAUUUCAGAUCAUUAAGGUGAUGAUGAAAAAUGGUUUUGUACCUGAUACAAGCACAUACUCUAAGGUGAUUACCUUUUUGUGUCAGGCUAUGAAGGUAGAAAAGGCUUUCCUUUUGUUCCAGGAGAUGAAGAAUGUCGGUGUCAACCCUGAUGUUUAUACAUACACAAUUUUGAUUGAUAGCUUUUGUAAGGCCGGUCUCAUUGAACAAGCACAAAGCUGGUUUGAUGAGAUGAGGAGUUUGGGCUGCUCCCCAAAUGUAGUAACGUACACUGCAUUGCUUCAUGCUUACCUGAAAGCGAAGCAGCUAUCUCAAGCUAGUGACUUCUUUCACAGAAUGGUUGAUGCUGGCUGUCCUCCCAAUGCAAUCACGUAUAGUGCUCUAAUUGAUGGCCUUUGUAAGGCAGGUGAAAUCCAAAAGGCUUGUGAAGUCUAUGCCAAAUUGAUAGGAACUUCUGGCAGUGUAGAAUCUGAAUUUUUCUUUGAAGGUGAGCACGCAGACACCAUAGCUCCAAAUGUUGUUACAUAUGGAGCGCUCAUAGAUGGUUUGUGUAAAGCACACAAAGUGGUUGAUGCUCAUGAAUUGCUAGAUGCUAUGUUAUCAACUGGGUGCGAGCCAAAUAACAUUAUAUAUGAUGCCUUGAUUGAUGGCUUUUGCAAGGUUGGGAAGAUUGAUAAUGCUCAGGAGGUAUUUCUGAGGAUGUCCAAGUGUGGUUACUUGCCUACUGUGCAUACAUACACCUCCUUAAUUGAUGCGAUGUUUAAGGAUAAAAGGCUUGAUCUAGCCAUGAAAGUUCUUUCUCAGAUGUUGGAGGGUUCUUGCACUCCUAAUGUCGUCACUUACACAGCUAUGAUUGAUGGACUUUGUAGAAUAGGUGAAAGUGAAAAGGCCUUAAAGCUGCUGUCAAUGAUGGAAAAGAAGGGAUGCAGCCCAAAUGUUGUAACUUACACUGCUCUAAUAGAUGGAUUAGGAAAAUCUGGUAAGGUUGAUAUAGGCCUUCAGCUGUUUACACAAAUGAGCACACAAGGGUGUGCUCCUAAUUAUGUUACCUACAGAGUACUGAUAAACCAUUGCUGUGCUGCUGGCCUUUUGGAUGAGGCCCAUUCACUGCUUUGUGAAAUGAAGCAGACUUACUGGCCAAAAUAUUUGCAAGGAUACGGCUUCGCAGUUCAAGGUUUUAGCAAGAAGUUCAUUGCUUCUCUUGGAUUGUUGGAGGAGAUGGAGUCACAUGGCACGGUGCCAAUAGCUCCAGUUUAUGGGUUGCUCAUUGAUAAUUUUGCUAAGGCUGGCAGACUGGAGAAAGCCUUGGAGUUGCAUAAAGAGAUUAUUGAAGUCUCUCCAUCACAAAACAUAACCAGCCAUGAUACAUACGCUUCAUUAAUCCAGGCACUUUGUUUGGCAUCUCAUCCUGAAGAAGCAUUUGAAUUAUAUAGUGAAAUGACGAGAAAAGGUGUUGUGCCAGAGCUAAGUGUCUUUGUUUGCCUCAUAAAGGGGCUAGUCAAAGUGAACAAGUGGAAUGAAGCCUUGCAGUUGUGUUACAGCAUAUGUCAUGAGGGUGUAAACUGGCAGGACAAUAACUCUUUUGAUGGAGGGUAAAGCUGUGUUGUCUCACACUCUUACUCCAAGUGGCAUUAUUGUCCUUAAGAGCCUAUUUUCAAUGAGGUGGUGUUGAUCCUAUGGUUUAGUUCAACUUUGGGCAGUAUUCUAAAAAGAUACCUGAAUGAUGCGUCUUCCAAACAUUCCGCUGUGGAGUCAUCAAUUCUGAAGACUGUAGUUGGAUACUUGGAUGUGGUGACUCAACGGAAAAGGAGCUGAGGAUGAAAGCAUGCUCAUGUGCAAACAGCACAGAGGCUGGAUUGACUUAAAACUGUUUGUUGGCAUGUAUAUGACCUUCAGAAGGAUACUAUAAAGACCUUCAGAAACACUGUACAUACUGAAGCUGAACUCAUGUAAGAAGAACUUCACUCCAUAACUGCAGCGAAUCUACAGGGCUGUUUGCUGCUUAUCAUCAUAUCCGUGCUCUCAUACAAUGCAGAUUAUCAUAUUCCUUGUCAUUUCAGUACUGAACAUUGUUUUACCUUUUUUUUACCCUCCCUUAGGUUUCUCUUUUUUAUGACAUAGGCUAGUUGGUUUAUCUUCACAUCCACAGAGGAUCAUCUCAAUAGCUACCAAGAAUAGCUUCUAUAUAAUUUACUGAUGGUUACAUGAAAGCCGCAAUGUGCAAUGUCCAUAAUUCGCUAUCCAGUUAUUCGAAAUGCAUCCUUCUGCUUCUAACGAAUGUUGCUCUCGUGGUAGAGCAAUAAAGAUAUUCUGUAACUGCAAAAACAAACUCAAAUGUAUUACAGUUUUUCACUUUACAAAUGUGUUCUUUCAAAUUUAAACUUUGUUUAUUUAACUUUUAAAAUAUGUGGUGAUAUCCUAUUAUAGCAAAACAUUUAAACUCUUUUUCUCAGAUCAUAAAAUCUUCCACCUCCUUUUCAUUUGACAGUGUAUACUUAUUGAUUUUCAGCAUGUUCCAGACUUCUAGCUUGUUUUUGUAUUUCUUUAUUCUAUUUAUGUGGAGAUAAUGCCCUUACAGUAGUUGUAUUUAGCCCAUCAACUUUGGAAUACAGUUUCUUUUCAGGUUACUCGUUAAACUAAGCAUAUUCUGAAUGGGAUUGCUGUGGCAGUGUCUCGACAUUAUCUUUUGUAGAGGUUCUUGCAACUAGAUGAGUGGAAGCAUCACUUUCAAUGCCCAAAGCACACCAAGCCACAUUUUUUACUGAUUACUGUAAGUCAAAUGCCAAGGACUUCCGUGCAUUUGUUUGCUCAUAUAUUUAUAUUUGUAUGUGCUACACUGCUACUGCUUGCGUUUGAAUACACCACCUUUUCUAGAUGCUGCUACAAUACCUAACACAAUAAUGGGGCAGUCGAUACUUGAAGGUGCUCCAUGACCUCUUUUAAAAUAUUGAGUAUUGUAGCUGUUUUUUUUCGUUUUUUCUUUUUGGCUUCAUUCUGUAUCUAUUAUUUUGUGUACUAUGAUGAAAGCGUAGGAAAAUGUUCCAUUAGGCUUUUCCAGAAAGAAAGCUUGUUUCUCUACAGAACAUUUAACCCUUUUGCUUUGAAUUUGCAGCGGUGACUGAAGAGAUUCUAAGGAAUGCAUGGCUCUUCGUACCUUUGAGUAGGUAGGGCGCUGCCCCUUGAGUUGGUAAAUGAUACCAGUAGUGUUAUAUAUUCUUUGGUAUGCGUGUCUGUAGCUACGUCAUAACUGACUGCACCUGGUGACUGGUGUUCGGUUACCUGUGCUUUCUUAAAGAGCUAAUUACCUGUGUACCAUUGUAAAUAUUGCGUAUUACCUGUGUACCAUCGAAAAUUUCUAAAGUUCUUCGGUGCCAUCGAAUGAAAA